UCUUACACGGAACGUUCAUGGUGUUACACAGGAAGUCAUAGAGAAGUGGACGGCUUGAGUGUUGAUGUUGGUCAGUUUGUAGACAGUCUAUCAAUUAUUGGUAUUACAUUUUUUUCAAACGUGUUUUAUGAUCUACAUCCAACAUGCUGAUUAAAGUAAAGACCCUCACAGGAAAAGAGAUAGAGAUCGAUAUCGAGCCCACAGACAAGGUGGAGCGAAUUAAAGAGAGGGUAGAGGAAAAGGAGGGCAUUCCACCACAGCAACAGAGACUUAUCUACAGUGGAAAACAGAUGAACGACGAGAAGACGGCAGCGGACUACAAGAUCCAAGGAGGCUCGGUGCUCCAUCUGGUCCUGGCGCUAAGAGGAGGACUGCUGCUGCUCCCCGUGCCCAGGAAAAACCUCACUCCUUAGGGGUCCCGCUCUGUGCCUGUCUGCCCCCCAUCCCCCAGACAGGUGGUGUGGUAUCCAUUACAGUCCGACCCCGGGCCUUCCCAUUACACCAUUCGGAAUUCCGGUGCUCUCCCGGCUGAUGAAAAAGCAACAGUUUUAAAACAGGUUUAAAAACUUUAAGAAAACAAAUGGACUUUGCUUGCUCAUGUGUAGAUGUUCAAUCUGUAACCCACCCAUGCGUUUGAAGUCCUCUGAUGAGCGCACCUGCUCCGUGCAAAAUGACAAGAGCAAGUUUGACACCUGUGGUUAUGUUUGAUUAAAUGGUUCACUUGA